AUGCUUCGCUUUAUUCUAGCUCUUUCACUUAUCCACUCGGUUAUUGGACAAUGUAAUCCAAAUGACAAGUUGAUUGGAGAUUUAUGCUACACCGUAUCCACUUCUAAGCAGACCCCCGAAGAAUCUGAAGGUAUUUGUCUCGUGUCUGGUCGUUAUCUCGCCGUUAUUCAUACCUCCAUUCAAGCUAACUUUCUGGCUACUCUCGUCAAAGCUCAAACCGGUGCAGAUAAAUUUUGGAUUGGCUUGCACCGCGUAUCAGGGACCUCGAAUUUCCGAUGGACUGACGGAACACCUAUGACAUGGAGUAACUUUGAUUCGAGCUUACCAAAGGACGAACAUUAUGUUGCUGAAAGUACGAGUAAUGGAAAAUGGCAGACAGUUGAUGAGGCACAUGAGUUUUACUACGUUUGCAGUUACACUCCAAAAUAUUCGACUCCCGUCUACAAAUCUACCGCUCGUCCAACUACUGUUCCUCCAACUACUGUUCCAACAACAAGACCUCAAGUCACCCGUUCCCCGACCACAGGAAAAUGUCUCGACAAUCAAGACAUAGAGAUUCAGGGUGGAUGUUAUAAGUUUGUGCCGUUGAAGUUGACUUUCGAGGAUGCACGGAACUGGUGUCACUAUCGAAAUCCGGUGACUGCUAGCUAUUUGGCAUAUGUGCCAAAUCAAACGGUCGACAAGUCAUUAGCGGCCUAUGCCCGUUCGGAAUUUGAAACCGAUGAUGGAAACUUCUGGAUUGGUCUCAGUAGAUCCUCAGGGAGCUCCUGGAAAUGGGACAACGGAUUGCCCGUUGGAUUCACUAAUUUUGGAACUCGUACAGGACAAAACUAUGCGGCAGAGAGUAUUGUCAAUGGGAAAUGGGACACUUUUAAUGACGAGGAGAAGAACUUCUUCGUGUGCAGUUAUAACCCUGCAUCCCCACCAACAUUCCCACCAUUUUAA